AUGUCAUCACAACAACAAAGAUAAGCUCAAGGCAAAGACACUAAAGACUCAAGUCUUUCAGGUCAACAACAACAGAAGUAAUAAGAUUUCUCAGGAGGAAUGUCCGACAUCAAAUAAGGACAAAGUAAUCUUCCAGGUAUGGGGCAACAAGAUAUCUUAGCCGGGUAGAAAUUCGCUGGAUCAUCAGGCAUUGGAGAGGCUGGAAAAUUCUAAGGGUCAAGCUAGCAAUAUACAAAAGAAUCAGACCAACAGAGAUUCGGUGUUGGCGGUGGUUAAUAACAAGAACAAUGGAGAGCCGGCUAGAACGUUGAAGGUCAAUAGUAGAAGAAUCUCGGCUAAUAGUAGCAGUACUAGCAGAAAGAUGUAUUGGGAGAGAAGGCUGAUAUCAGCAAACUUUCGCAGGAAGAAAGAAACAAGAAUCUCGAAAAAGGACUUUCAGGCUAGCAAUAGCAAUACUCAGCUGGCCAAAAUGUUUCUGGUCAGAACAAAUGA